GGGUGAUACACUCACGCAGCGCGGCGGCACGGUGGCCAUGGCAGGUGGCGGCGAGAGCGGUUCGGCGAGCUGCCCGCGUACCUUGCACGUGGUCGGCAGAUGUGCGGACCGGGUGAACGGCGACAUUCGAAUAUGCGCACGCUGGCGUGAGCCAUGGCUUCGCUGUCUACCAACAGCUCGGCUCGGCAACGGUCAUCCGACAUUCGCCUUCAGUGCACCGGUGGGUGAUCGACAGGGAGGGCAUGCGCGAGUCCGACGUGUGUGUGGCGUUCGCGGACGACCUUGCAGGGUCGGUGCAUCCCGCUUGCGCUGACCUUCUUUGGCACGUGUGGGAUCCAGCCACCAAUAGCCACGUAGUGGAUUCCUCAGUGGUGGCAUUCACUGCCCCGACAAACGUCACUCUGGUAGGGCGAGCGGCCAAUCGCGAGAACUUCUCUGCCAACGGGGAGUACGCCCUGGUAGGCACUUCCGAGUUGCAGUGGCAAUUCUGGGAGCCGCAGCUUGGCUCGUUCGUUGCCGACCCAGCGACGCGGACAAUCGCUGCACCCCGCUUGCUUCACGUUUUGGGGCAGGGCACGGAGUCUGGGAAGGCAAGGGUCUGCGGCACUUACCACCUGGCUGGCGCCUGGGAAACUUACCCGUUGUACGUGCGGCCCGGCACGCAGACGGUCAUCCGGUAUUCCAGGAAGACUGAUAGGUGGUUGAUCGAUUGCGAAGGCCUUGUUGAGCCGAGCCUGAUGAAUAGGCUGUGCCACUGGAUCCUCACCGGCGAUACGUCCGCCGCAACCGAGCGCUGCACUGCGUAUGCGCAAGCAUGUGGCGCGCAGCACCCUGGUCUCAGUGACCUUCAGUGGCAGAUCUGGGAUUCUCGCACUGGACGUCACGACAAGGACGUGAAUGUCCGUGCUACCACGGCGCCGCUUGUCCUCCGAAUUUCUGGGAGGGCAUCCACGACCGAGAACAACGAUAUCAAUGGAGGCAGCAGGCUUCCCGACACGGCCCCGGCGGCGGCGCUGGGCCCGGAAGCGGAGGCGCAGUUGCGGCAGAACUCGUGGCACGAGGCCGCCCAGCACUCCCUGCAGCAGCACCUCGCGGGCCUGCGGCGCUGGCGUGCCACCGGCGCGCCGCCGCCAGCCUCUGCACGAGAACGUCAGAGGGGCGCGGUGGACGUGAACUCCAAGCUGGACGCCGACAUGCACAGGACGGUGCGCAGCGCUGAGUGGCCGCCGCCGAAGGCCGAGGAGGUUGAGCAGGCGAGCAGGCGCGCGGAGCAGCCCGGGGCGGCCGGCGGCCCCGCAGCGCUCGCGGAGCGCGGCCGCCCGGAGCUCUCGCGAGGUGCAAUCGGUCCCGCUCAAGCACUCGCGCAGUACACGCAGGGCUUCGGCGCCCUCGACCUGGUUGCCCUCUUAGGCGACGUGGCCGUGGACGACGCGGGGCCCGGCGCCGAGAAGCCGAGAUCCCGCGGUGCCGACCUUCGCCGCGGGCACGGCGGCGGCCCUGGCGCCGACGUUGGCGUCUCCAUCUGGAACGACUUUCGAUGGCCCUGCUCGGACAGACAGGAGAGACAGCCGUGUUCUUGCGGAAACACGUCUUUCGCGCUUGGCGCACGUUUCUGUGAUAAGUGCGGCGCGCUAUUGCCAACAGGACUUGAAGAGCUGGCUGCAGAAUCUCGAUCAGGAUCAAAGCCCAGCCCGCUUGACCGGAGGGGACCCGGGGGAUUGCGAGCAUGAUUGAAUACAAUGUCUUUUGUGUCAGUUGCGAUGUGUUCUCGCAAAUUGGUCGG